AUGAGCUUGUUCGGAGACGACGACKCGCCUGCACGGCCAAAGUCAUCUCUCUUUGACGAUGGUCCCGGAACGCCCAGCAAGACUACAUCUUCAAUCUUUCAAGACGAAGUCGACCAAACCACGGACUCGUCGCCCUGGGGAUUCACGCCCAAAAAGAGCCCGGGCAAAGCAAGAGGAAGCUUGGUCAAGUCGCUGUUGGCGGAUGUGGACGUUCCUGACUUGUACAUCGAUGCUUUUGACGACUUACAAGCGGCGGGGGUUGUCAAAGCGCAUGACUGUCAGCAACUGCUCAAAGACUCUGGUGUGAAUGCGGCGGAUCGAGAACGGAUUUGGAGUGUAGUGACGAGUGGCGGCGAAACUGCAGUGCUCGGAAGAGGCGAGUUCAACGUUCUUCUUGCUCUGGUUGGUCUUGCGCAAGAGGGAGAGGAGCAGCUUGGAUUGGAUGAAGUGGACGAAAGACGACGGAAGUUGCCACUACCUGUCCUAUCAGCUGCGCAGCAAAAGUCGCAGUCGAAGGCACCUUUCAAGGCGGCACAAAUGCCACAACCCAGCGAUGUACAGACUGGAGCGCAAGCCACGCCGGCCAAGCCAACUUCCAGUCCUCGCAAGCCAUCAUUUGGAGCUGGAUUUGGAGAGAGCGACCCGUGGGCAAGCCCAGCUCUGCACAAACAUCACCAGCAUAGCAACGGUAUAGGAGCAGCUCAACGGACCACGAGCACCUUUACGACCACCAGUAAUUUAGAGCCGUCGGAGACAAUUGAUACUUAUGGCAAUGGCCAGGUUGCUAGCAGCGUUGGCACUAGCAGCUGGGGAGCUUCUGCUGCGUUCCCUGCCGAUAUUCCACAGGGAUUCGGAGACGCGAGUCCAGCUGGCGAUGGUUUUGGAAGCGGAGGAAAUUCCUCUGCCACACCCCGACGGCCGCAGCAGCCUCGUAUCAGCACUACCCAGGGCGCAGAGGAGCUCGUCACCGUGAACCUGCUUGAGGAGAAAGAGGGCAUGUUCAUGUUUCAACAUCGCAACUAUGAGGUUGCCUCCGUUCGACGCAACAGCAAGGUAAUACGACGAUACAGCGACUUUGUUUGGCUGCUCGACUGCCUACACAAGCGCYAUCCCUUCAGACAGCUCCCGCUACUGCCUCCCAAAAGAGUGUCAAUAAACGGGAACCAUAUCGCAUCUGAUUCGGCCUUCGUGGAGAAGCGGAGAAGGGGUCUGGUUCGAUUCUCGAAUGCGCUUGUGCGCCAUCCAAUACUGCGAGAAGAGCAGCUUGUGGUGAUGUUCUUGACUGUCCCUACGGAGCUAGCGGUGUGGAGAAAGCAGGCCACUAUCAGUGUUCAAGAGGAGUUUGUUGGCCGAUCCCUUCCACCUACUCUCGAAGACAGCUUGCCACAGAACUUGCAGGACACCUUCGAUACGGUUCGRUCUGGAGUGAGGAGAAGUGCAGACCUGUACAUCAAUCUUUGCGGCGUGAUUGAGAGACUGUGCAAACGAAAAGAAGCUCUUGCCGGCGAGUAUGGUCGGCUGAACCUGAACCUCAUCAGUCUCAGCGAGGCAAGCAGUGACACCUAUGCUAUUGACCWAAAUGAUAUUCCGCUCCUCAACGAGGGCRUCAACGGCACAGCGAAACAUGUUGAGACCUCGAAGGGCCUAGUCGAUGAUGAAGCACGAGCCUGGGAUCAAGGAGUUCUUGAAGACGCCAAGACGAUGCGAGACUGCCUGGUCAGUAUGCGGGACAUGUUUGAUCGUCGGGACCGCUAUGCACGGGACAAUAUUCCACAGCUAGAGCGGAAGAUCCAGGCCAAUGAGCAGAAGUUGCAAAACAUUCGAGCCAAAGGAGAUGCUGCCAAGCCUGGUGAAGCAGACAAAGUGGCCAGCGCCAUAACCGCGGACAAACAAUCUAUCGUCACGCAGCACGCGCGCGGCGUGUUCAUCAAGGAGUGUAUCAGGGACGAGUUACUGUAUUUCCAGCAUAGCCAGUAUCGCAUUUCCCGGCUCCAUCAGGAUUGGGCACAGGAGCGAGUGAAGUAUGCUGAGUUGCAGGCGGACAACUUUCGGGGCUUGGUCGAUGCGGUCGAGAAUAUGCCCGUCGGGGAGUGA